AUGUGCCUGAAUCUUGACAAAGCACAGCAAGGGGAGACUUUGGCAAAUGCUUCAGGUGGGCCACAGCCCUUCCUUUCCACAGAAGGAGCCGCUGGAGCAGGCGCCAUGCUGCUGUGCUCUUUGACCCUCACCCUCAUCUGGCUGGUGGUUUCUGGCCUUGAGUGCGACAUGAAGGAAGUUUGUCUUGGAAGCCCUGGCAUCCCUGGUACUCCUGGAUCCCACGGCCUGCCAGGAAGAGAUGGGAGAGAUGGCAUCAAAGGAGACCCUGGACCUCCAGGCCCCAUGGGCCCCCCUGGAGGAAUACCAGGCCUCCCUGGGCGUGAUGGGAUGAUUGGAGCCCCUGGCCUCACUGGAGAGCGUGGAGAAAAGGGAGAGCCUGGUGAGAGGGGUCCUCCCGGGCUUCCAACUUAUCUAGGCGAGGAGUUCCAGAGCACACUCCGUGAGAUCAGCCAUCAAAUCCUGCAGUCGAUGCGCGUCCUCAGUUUGCAGGGGUCCAUGCUGGCCGUGGGAGAGAAGGUCUUCUCCACCAAUGGGCAGUCGGUCAGUUUUGAUGCCAUUAAAGAGUCGUGUGCCAGGGUAGGUGGACGCAUUGCUGCCCCAAGGAGUCCAGAGGAGAAUGAGGCCGUUGCAAGCAUCGUGAGGAAGCACAAUACUUAUGCUUACCUGGGCCUGGCUGAGGGUCCCACUGCUGGAGACUUCCACUACCUGGAUGGAACCCCUGUGAAUUAUACCAACUGGUACCCAGGGGAGUCCAGGGGUCGGGGCAAAGAGAAGUGUGUGGAGAUGUACACAGAUGGCCAGUGGAAUGACAAGAACUGCCUGCAGUACCGACUGGCCAUCUGUGAGUUUUGA